AUGCCCGCGAGGAUGUGCACUGUGUCCUCUUCUAAUAUCAAUCCUCAUAAUAUAUCAAUACUCACCCACCCACUAGCUUCUCUCCCCGAUUUCGAACAAACACCUCCUCCAAAUUACCGCCCCGAAAUUCCCAUCACUCUCUUUAAUAAAUCUCACAAUGCUCUCUUAGAUUCUGGCGCAACUGUCUCUGCUAUCUCUGAAGACCUUUUUAAAAUAUUAAAUCAAAAUUCUGACCCAAACGCAAUUCCCCUCUUUCCCCUCACAGGCAUUCUCUUGACCACGGCACUCAGUCACAAAACAAUUAAAGUAAAAUCUCAAAUCUAUUUAAAUUUUUAUGUUCAAAAUUAUAAAACACACGGUAUAUUUCUAGUUGUUCCCCAAUUGUCUACACCCUUGAUUCUAGGUACCGACUGGUUACUUGAAAACGGGGUGACCAUAGACUACAAUAGCAAGGAAAUCUCCCUCCCCUCUAUCAAAGAUAACAUCCCCUUUAAAUUAAUUCAAGAUAAUGAUCCAAAUAGCUUAGUUAAUUCGUUAAAAAAUAUUAUUGUCACUAAUGAUCCUUUCACCAUGUACGAAGGUCCUUCUCACUUAAUAAAUCAAACCUAUCCAUUCGAAACAGAAAAAAAUAUUGCCCUUAAUGACAUUCCCCUUAAUGAUUCUCAACACAAAUUAAUGACCUCCCUCCUUCAAAAAUAUGAUCACAUUUUCAAAGACAAACCCGGCCUUCACACUUUCUUCUCUUAUAAAUUUAAUAUUAAACCUCAUGACCCCUAUAAAAUUAAACCGUACCCUGUACCCUUCUCUCGUCGUCCCGCCGUACAAAAAGAAAUUGACAAGAUGAUUAAGUGGGGGGUUAUCGAAAGAUCAGAUUCCCCGUACAAUAAUCCCCUUGUUACUGUAAUAAAAGCUGACGGCACACUACGUUUGUGCUUGGACGCUCGUAAAUUAAAUACUAUUAUUCUCCCCACUCGAGACGCUUCCCCCCCAAUCGAUGAUAUCCUAGCAAAAUUUAAUAAUAAAUCCUUUUUCUCUUCUCUUGAUUUUUCCUCUGGCUAUUGGCAAAUCCCACUCGACCCCUCGGUUCGUCAGUACACCAGUUUCCUCUACGACGGAAGGUCCUACCAAUUUUGUGUAGUGCCUUUUGGGUUAAAUAUUUCCAAUGCAGCCUUUGGGAAAGGAUUAGAAGCCGCCCUAAAUAAUUAUACUAGCCCCUGUCCCUCCCCUAAUGACAUUCAUACCUACGUCGACGACAUAUUAGUAUCCUCCCCUUCUUUCGAAACACACCUUGAGACUCUAGAGUGGAUUUUUCACAAAAUCUCUCUAGCAGGCCUCACUCUAAAAUUUAAAAAAUGUCACUUCAAUAAAAAACAAAUUAAAUUUCUCGGUCACUUUAUAUCCCCUACCGGUAUGAUCAUGGACCCCGACAAAGUUAACGCCCUUCAAAAUUUUCCCGAACCUCGUAAUAAAAAGAUCUCCAAUCGUUUUUCGGCUUCUGUAACUUCUAUCGUAAAUUCUCACAAAAUCAUUCUUCUCUCUUACACCCCCUUUCUCAUCUCAUUUGUAAAGACACCCCCUGGAUAUUCACCGAACAAGAUAAAAUAG